AUGUCAUUAUCGAAUGUGCCUUCUCAAAAAGAUCCCGUGGAAUUUAAUGGAGUUAUAUCACAACCAUACGAGAUUUUUUAUAUGAAAUCAGAAAACCACAAUAUUCAGAUUGAUAGCUCGUUAAUAAAAUCACUAAAUAUAUUUUCAAAAUCAUUGCAAAUGUACAUAAAAAAAUAUAAUAUUAAGGACUUUGAUUAUUCAAAAUUUGGUAGAAUCAAAAAUAUCGGAGGUGGGGGAUCAGCAAGAGUAUUCUCAGCAAUUUGCCACGGAAAAAAAUAUGCAUUAAAAAAUUUAAAUAACUACCUAUUUAUGGAUAAGAAGACUUUCAAAAAACUCUGUAGUGAACUUAAGCACCUUGCUAAAACUCAUCACCCUAACAUUAUUAAAUUAUAUGGGACCUCAAGAGACCCACUAACAGGUGGUUUUAUGUUGGUGCUGCAAUUUGCCAACGGAGGGACCCUACGAGAAUAUUUGCAAAAUAAACAUAGUAAUGAGCUUUUUAAAAUCAAAUGGGCUGAACUUAUCCGAAUUGCAAAAGAAAUUACUGAUGGACUAAACUAUCUGCAUUCGAAAAAUAUCAUACAUUUAGAUUUGCAUUCUAAGAAUAUUCUUAUAAAUAAUGGUAAAGCAUUGAUUGCAGAUUUUGGUAUAUCUAAAAAUUUAGACGAUAUUACCUCUUCUAGUACAACUACACAAGGUGUAGUAGCGUAUACAGAUCCACAAUAUCUUCUGAAUGGCAAAGAGUUUAAACGAAACAAGAAAUCUGAUGUAUACAGCUUAGGUGUAUUAUUCUGGGAACUCACGAGUGGAGUUCCUCCAUUUCGUAAUUUAACUUCAAUGAAGAAAAUGUUGGAAAUUGCAAAUAAUAAUAGGGAAAAAAUUAUAACUGGUACGCCAAAGAAUUAUUCUAGUCUAUUUGAGAGAUGUUGGUCUUCUGACCCGAAUCAACGUCCAACAGUAGACAAAAUUUUGGUUGAACUUGAGAAACUAUCGUUAGAAAUCAAGGUUAAAUUUAUUAAAAAUAACAUUCAAAACUCGAAUAAACGAUUCUAA